UGGUAGUUAGAGAGACGAAUUCGUCAUUUCCGAAGCGAUGGCUGCCGUAGUGGGAUUAUGGUUGGAUCGGGGCGCUGGACUGUAUCGUAGGAAGAGUCUUCUUUUCCUUGCCGGGCCUGUCGGGUAUCUGUCGCGGCAGGGUUCAGUGAGAAGUAAUGGCUCCAACGCAGUAUACGAUGUGGUGGUGUCGGGCGGCGGCAUGGUGGGAGCCGCCAUGGCUGCUGCUCUUGGGCAUGAUGUUCAUCUCUCUGAUAAGAAAAUUCUACUACUAGAAGCUCGUCCCAAAAAAAAAAUUAGGAAUAUAUCAACAGAUUACAGUAACAGAGUCAGUGCUAUCACGCCUGGAUCUGCCACAUUUCUAAGUAGCUUUGGUGCAUGGGAACAUAUCUGCAAUAUGAGAAUCAAACCUUUUAGAAGGAUGCAGGUGUGGGAUGCUUGCUCUGAGGCCAUGAUCAUGUUUGAAAAUGAUAACCUGGAAGACAUGGGUUAUAUAGUAGAGAAUGAUGUUAUCAUGUCAGCUCUACACAAACAGCUGGAUACAGUUUCAGACCGAGUGAAAGUUCUCUACAGGAGCAGAGCAGUUGGAUAUACCUGGCCCUUUGUUCAUCAAUCUUCUGACUCAAGUCCUUGGGUCCAAAUUGAUUUAGCAGAUGGACGCAGAUUUCAAACCAAAUUGCUGAUUGGAGCGGAUGGCCAAAAUUCUUUGAUCCGGAAAGCAGCUGGUAUUCAGAAUAUUCACUAUCAGUAUGAUCAGUCAGCAGUAGUUGCUACUCUUCACUUGUCUGAGGCAACAGAUAACAAUGUGGCAUGGCAGAGAUUUCUUCCAUCAGGACCAAUUGCUCUUCUCCCGCUCUCUGAUACAACCAGCUCUUUGGUUUGGUCCACAUCACAUGAACAUGCAGUUCAACUUCAGAGUAUGGAUGAGGAAAAUUUUGUGGACUCGGUCAACUCUGCUUUUUGGAGCAACGCAAAUCACUCGGACUUCAUUGAUACUGCUGCAUCCAUGUUUCGAUCUGCUGUUUCUCUCUUGAUGCCAUCGGGAACUGCAGCCCGACAGCUGCCCCCAAGUGUUGCAAAAGUCGAUCCUAAGAGCCGAGCUGUAUUCCCUCUUGGAUUGGGACAUGCAACAGAAUAUGUCCAAGAUCGUGUGGCCCUUAUUGGUGAUGCAGCUCACAGAGUACAUCCUUUAGCUGGCCAAGGUGUAAAUAUGGGUUUUGGUGAUAUUUCAUGCUUGACAAAUUAUCUAAGUGCUGCAGCAUUCAAAGGAAAAGACCUAGGUUCUUUAAAUCAUCUACUACAAUAUGAAAAAGAUAGACAGAGGCACAAUCUUUCUCUUGUGGCGGCAACUGAUUUGUUAAGCAAGCUUUACUCUACAAAUAUGGCUCCUUUUGUGCUGCUGAGGACGUGGGGAUUGCAAAUAACCAAUGCUGUACCUCCGGUUAAAGAGCAGAUCAUGGCAUUUGCCAGUAAGUGACAACCUUGUGAAUCCAGAGGAAAAUACAUCAAUUAAGCAACUGAUCCAACUCUUUAUAAAGAGACUGCACAAACCAAUCAAAAUUAAUUGAAAUCAGGAAAUAAACAAAAGUGAAGGAAACUGUGAAAAGAGACUAUGAAAUAUACAUCCACAGAUUUUAACUGGAUGAAAGGACAAAAUCUUUUGAACUAAGGUGCCCCAAGUGGGCUAACUUGCAGAAUGUGUCCAAAAUCCGGGACACACGACUCCAUGGAAUUGAAAUUUGGCAAAUUUUAUAAAGCAUUUUAUGACAUAAAUAUCAUAAAACAGUUUAUGACAUAAUACAAAAUGUCAUAAAAUAUGUACAACUCUGCUAUACAAUUCAACAUGCGGUAUUUUCAAGGCAGCCACAUCUUUGAAUGUAUCCAAUUUUUCCAAUGAACGCACUACAUAAGAAGCUUUGUCAUUUUGAUGGCAUUGAGGAAUCUGGUAAGGAAAUACUUCUGAAAGGAUGAGCCAGGGGGUCACAGGUUAUCUAGUUCUUGUAAAUUCCUAAAACAUUUAUAAUCUAUUGAUUUAUAGUUUAAGAGUUGCUUAUAGACUUGUUGAAGUCAAGUCAACAACUUGUGGAGAGUAAACAAGGUGAUUAAUAUCAAAAUUAGUCAAUUAAUUGCUUAUAAUACAUUGACAAGUGCCUGGUUGUUGUAGCAUAUUUUUAUGAUUCAUUUAUUCAAUUUACAUAACUGUCUACCUCACAUUUGUCACUGGAUGGCUAACAUAAUUAAAUAUAUACCACAAAAAUAAUAAACACACCAAAUACAAAAACAACACAAAAAUAUCAUUAAAACCAAUUAAAAACCACAAAACAUAAUCAGUAGGAAAUUACAAGUGAUUUGUCAACCAAUAAAACCAUCUAGCAGAUUCUACACCACAAGUACAUAUGUUCAGGAGAACUUCCAACAGUCUUACCUGGGCUUCUCUGUAUAAAGGUGUAAACAUGAAUUCGUGUCCCUGUGCUUCCUGCAUCAAACAUGAUGCC